CUGCCACUUAUACUUUCUCCCACAUAAACAUUGUUGCUCAAAAUGUAGCAAAAAUUUAUAUUUUUUUAGCGAGAGUGUAGACAAUAUGUGAGUGUGAUGUGAGGAGAGAGAGCAGCGAGGAGAGAACCAUGGCGUCAGAGAUCGAGACACAUAUCUCUCAAAACUGCAGCUGGGAGAAACUUCCCGCCAGUGUUAAACAGCUCUUGGGGAACUCUCAGAAGGAAUAUGAAAAACACGUGGCAGAAUACAGCAUUAAAACCCAGCAGCGGUACCGAGGAAACCUGGUUCGGCAAAUUGUCAAGAAUGAAAGAAGUUACUAUGAAGAAGUGUUGUCCCACAGUCGGUCCCACCUGAUGAUGUAUCCAUACCACCUCUCGGAUGUGGUGGUGAAGGGCCUACGUGUCACGCCAUUCCAGUAUUACAUCUCCAUCCUCACUGAUAUUAUGUCUGCUGAGAAGAGCUAUGAUUCUCUCCCAAAUUUCACUGCUGCAGACUGUUUACGUUUGUUGGGAAUUGGGCGGAACCAGUAUAUAGAUUUAAUGAACCAGUGUCGCUCCAGCAGAAAACUGUUUCGUAAAAAGAACGUACGUGACUUGCUGCCUGCACUGCCCUCAGAUAUUACUAUAGAACCGUGGUGGGUGGUCUGUGUUGGAUGUGUGACAGAAGAGGACAUUAAGAGUCUGGUGAAGGAGAGAGAGAAAGUUGUAAUUGACUCCUUGAUUGAUGUUGGCUCACAGAAAGCAGGUGAUUUGGACAGAGAAUGUGUACAUAGUCUUUAUACGAAAGGGUUGGUGUAUCUGGAUGUACCUAUUAGUGACAGCGACUGCAUAUCUGUGCCUCCGCUGGAAGGCUUUGUCAUGAACCGUGUCUUGGGGGACUACCUGGAGAGCCUCAUGUACAAGAUUUUUGUUUCUAUUGAUGAGCACACACCAGUUUGUGAGCUGGCAAAAGUGCUGGAGAUUGACCUGGCUUUGGUAAAAGUAGCGGUGUCACUCUUCUCUCGCUUGGGGUUUGCCCACAAGAAGAAUGCUGAGAUUUCAACAUUGGAGAUGCAUCCAUCUUGGGAGUCUGCCAUAGCUCCCACCACAAAAAAGCUACCAACCACAGCAGAUGACUUGCUCUUGCUAGAAUUAGAGUCUGCACUGGCAGAGAGUUCACUAGGGGAGCACGAUGACAUAGGUUCUUGUACCCCUCGAACACCAACAGACGAUCCCCUAGCAGCAGGCUUUGUUUUCAGUGGUCAGAGCAAGCGAAUAGCAUUCCUCUAUGAUUCAACUCUUACAGCAUUCCUCAUGAUGGGAAAUUUAUCUCAAGGUCUAAAAAGCCAUGCAGUUACCAUGUUUGAGGUGGGGAAAAUGCUUGACGAGGGUCUAGACUCCCUUCUGACAGAACUGGAUAAGAUACAGAGGUCAGAUUCUGAGGGUGAAGCCCAACGUUACUUUGAGCACGCACUCACACUCCGAACCUCUGUCACAUUCCUCCGUCACAACCGUGAUCUGUGUUCUCCUGUGCAAGAUAUCCCAUAUGCGCUAGAUUUAAUACGUUGGGAGAGCUUAAGUAAUCUUGACCCUGCCACAACUGCUCGUCUGCUAAAGAAGAACUACCAAUUCCUAGUAUCCAUGGCACCUCUAAGCUAUGAGAUCUCAGCCAUUGACGGGGAAACUCCACCUCACUUUGGUCCUGCUAUUCCAGAGGUUAACUCCAUCUGGUUUAAGCUCUUCAUUUAUCACAUCACGGGAUCGGGUCCUCCGUCAUUACUGCUUCCUCAGGGGGAGAGAUUACGUCGGCUUCCUGAAUGUCUGGUAGGAUAUGAAAAAGUAUUGGUAACACCAUGGGGCCAUGACCCAACUGUUGUUCCACUUGCUGCCCUCUUUACCACUGUUAAUGAAGCUCUUAUGCACUCACCAGUAUUUAUUCAGGCAUAUGGUUGGUAUCAUGAUGUCUGCAUCCAGCAUAUUCCAUUCCCCUUGGAAAAUUGCAAAAUUGUAAAUCAUCCAGCUGUACAGGUCUUGGCAAAACAACUGGACUUGCAGCAUACUUUUGGCUUCAUCAAACUUGUGGCUUUUCCCUCGAUCGACACCCCAGGUGUGACCUCACUAACUGCGGCAGAGAUCACCACUGGUAUGCCUCAGGGUACCACCACCACUCCCCACAAAGCAUUCAUUGCUAACUCCUCUACCAACAAUAUUGAAGGGUGUAACAAGAAUGUUGUUGGUAAAGCCUCAGAUAGUGGUACUGUAUGUAACGCCUUUGCCAACAGCUCUGACCACUCUGAACCAAGUGCUGUGAACACAAGCAAUUCUUCCAUUCCUCAGGUGGUCAGCUUUGAGGAUGUCUCCUCUAUUGUGCUAGACAAGUCAGAAAAUUCAGAUGCUCAGAGGUGUGGGCGUGAGAGCAUGACACUGCCUCUAGGUGAACCUUCCAUGGAUCAGUGGUACCUGCUGGAGUGUCACUUUGGUCUUCCUCUCUUUGAUGCUUCCCUCAACCAGCAGGUCUCAGACAAGAUUAUCUCUCACAAAAUAUUCAGUCCAGAAAGUGUUGAAAAGUUCAGUGCAUCCAACAGGAUUCUCAUCCACAAACUGAGGGAGUUCAUUAGUGGUAAUAAGGCCCAAGGGGUGUGUAUAGAGGUUCAGCAGCGCGGCAGCUGCCGGGAAGGAGCAUCAAACUUACCCCUGCCCACCACGCCUUUAUUGUUUGCCCAGGGACGACUCAGCCCUUGGGAAGGCUCCUGAUAACUCUUUAUCUACAAUUUUUACUUACAUAAACUGGUGUGAUCAAAUGUGAACAUAAGAUAUACAUUCGAGUACAGCAUAAAGAAUGAUAGUGAUUUUUUUUUAAAAUUGCAAGUUCAUGAAAAUGCUUUUCUUUAAGUUUGUGUCUAAACACUUAGUGAAUACUGUAGCCAUUUUAAGGUGUGAAAUGGACAGUGGUGUCUAUUUUGACUCUUAAUAACCCAGUGAUAAAAUGCAGAUUAUAAAUGAUAAAAUAAAAUAUGCAAACAUUUGUACAGUAUUGAUAUUCAAAUAAUUUCUUAGUUAUAUAAUAAGCACAAACUUGUUUAAAAAGAUCUUUUCAUGGAUUUGAUAUCAGAUGGUACCAUAAUAUAUUAUGGUUUAAAAUAAAUUUUGUAAUUGUUAGAAAGACAAUAGCAUGAGAAUAGCUGAUGGCUUUAGGUUAAAUAUUUGUAUGAUAGAGACUGCUAUGUAAAUGAGGUAGAAUUGAUGUUUAAGUCUGAGACAUAUUGUAAGAUUGUUCAGUUCAUCAUUAUAUGUUUCAAUAUAUGGUAUUCCUAUAUGCAGUAUAAGUGUGUUUAAAUGUGUUUAUUAUUUUUUUUAAAGUAGUAUAUUUUGCCUCAUUUGUAUUUUUUUUUUUUUAAUUUGAAUAAGGCUUCUCACAAUGCAACUUUGUAUUUGAGUCCUUUAUCUCAGACUAUUUAUAUUUGCCAAAUACAUCUUUGACUACCCAUACACAACACACUCACCUAAUAAGGGCUGAAAAUACAUCUUCACACCCUCUCGCACAGUUGCCAUAAUUGUGUUUAUACUGUACUGAUGUGUAUAUGUUGAGAGAAAAUCCAUAUGACACUAAAUUGCAGCAAAGAAAUUGGUUGUAUACAGUAUUUUGAAGUCCAUCUGUAUACAGUAUUUUGAGCUCCACCUUAUGUUCUCCUCAGCAUAAUACUGAUGAGAAUCUCAGUUGAAUGUUGAAUGAUAGUCAUUCUCUUGUGUGUUUUAUUGUCAAUUUGCAGGUUUUCUCUCAACAUUGGCAAGUGUUUAUUAAUUUGUAUCUUACAGUAUUCAUCCACUUUUGUUACAUAGCAUAAUAAUGUCAUAUACAAAGGUACACAUUUAUGUAUGAUGUACCUGUUCAUCUCAAUAUAUAUUUCAUCUUCAUUUCAAAUCUUUUACAUUGGCUACAUUCUCUGACCAAAAACGAGAUACUUGCAAUCGACAUUCUCUAGGUAUUAUGGGUUUUUACAUUUCUGUCCACUCUGGCAAACUGAAAUUUUCUGUGUUGUGUAUUUUUACAUUCCAUUGUUACUUUGGUGUUCAUUUAUUGCUUUUAGAGUGGCUUUUAUUAUUUUCAUGUAAAAUAAAAGCUAAACCCAUGCAAGUCAUUCAGCAAUAUUGAAGUGGAUCUUACUGAAUGACUCUUGAAAGAACAAGAUUUUAUUUAACAAAGCAUAACUGCUUAAAACUAGUUCUAUCAAGAUUUAAACAAAGAUCUGAAAAUAUUAACCUUAUACUGUACACUGGUCUACACAGUGACAUUAUUAUUAUCACAAAAAAAAAAAAAGUGCUGAACCUGUAUGGGUCAUUUGGCACCAGUAUCUUGUGUAGUUGGGUGUUCAGCAAGAGGCAAUCACUUUCAGGUACAUAAAAAAUAAUGCACUGUAGUUGAAUUUUUACUAUAUAAUUGAUACUAGUUAUGUUUUUAACACACCAGCUAUUUCCUAUCAAGGUAGAGUGACCCAACAAAGACAACAUUUUCAUUGUCACUCAUUCAAUCAAUAUUACAGUUCAGAUGACCCUCCAAACCAUAAUACCUCCACUCCUUCAGAGUGUAGGCACUGUACUUCCCACCUCCAGGACUCAAGUCUGGCAAACAUGGAAACCGGUUAGCUGGACUCAGGUCCUGGAGGCGGGAAGUAUAGUACCUGCACUCUGAAGGAGGGGUACUGGGAAGUAUAGUAUCUGCACUCUGAAGGAGGGGUACUGGGAAGUAUAGUAUCUGCACUCUGAAGGAGGGGUACUGGGAAGUAUAGUAUCUGCACUCUGAAGGAGGGGUAAUGGGAAGUAUAGUACCUGCACUCUGAAGGAGGGGUAAUGGGAAGUAUAGUAUCUGCACUCUGAAGGAGGGGUAAUGGGAAGUAUAGUAUCUGCACUCUGAAGGAGGGGUAAUGGGAAGUAUAGUAUCUGCACUCUGAAGGAGGGGUAAUGGGAAGUAUAGUAUCUGCACUCUGAAGGAGGGGUAAUGGGAAGUAUAGUAUUGCACUCUGAAGGAGGGGUAAUGGGAAGUAUAGUAUCUGCACUCUGAAGGAGGGGUAAUGGGAAGUAUAGUAUCUGCACUCUGAAGGAGGGGUAAUGGGAAGUAUAGUAUCUGCACUCUGAAGGAGGGGUAAUGGGAAGUAUAGUAUCUGCACUCUGAAGGAGGGGUAAUGGGAAGUAUAGUAUCUGCACUCUGAAGGAGGGGUAAUGGGAAGUAUAGUAUCUGCACUCUGAAGGAGGGGUAAUGGGAAGUAUAGUAUCUGCACUCUGAAGGAGGGGUAAUGGGAAGUAUAGUAUCUGCACUCUGAAGGAGGGGUAAUGGGAAGUAUAGUAUCUGCACUCUGAAGGAGGGGUAAUGGGAAGUAUAGUAUCUGCACUCUGAAGGAGGGGUAAUGGGAAGUAUAGUAUCUGCACUCUGAAGGAGGGGUAAUGGGAAGUAUAGUAUCUGCACUCUGAAGGAAGGGUGGGGAUGUUGCAGUUUGGAGUAGCAUUGGAAUUGUAAUGUCAGCAUGCUUCUGGCAAGACAGUGACUGAAUAAGUGAAUGAAAGUGUUUCUUUGUUGGCUCAUCCUACCUUUGUGGUAGAUGGUCAUAGUGUUAAAAAAAAUCACUUAGUAGUAAAAAGAAGUAAUAUAAUGAAAAUAUUACAAGUGUGAUUGAACAUUUUUUAAUUAUUUUCUGUUAAAAAAUAAAAUAUUCAACAGAAUUUAAUAUAAAGUACCCCUUUAUAUAAUUAACUUCUAUGCAAAUUGUGGUGUAAAUUAAGAUAAUGUUUAAAAACUUAGAGGUGGAUAUAAUAGAGACAUAUUACAUAUCAUUAAGCAUUGAAUGAAAGUCACAUUGUAAAGCCAGUUCCUUGUUUUUCCUUAGUAAUUAAUAAUACAUUCUACCUUCCUGGUACCUAUACAUUAUUCUUCUGUGAUUUAUAUACAGUAGUUCCAUUCUCUUAAUAUAUUGUUUUGUAUAUAUCAGAGCUUCAUAUAUAUUAUUUUUACUAUUAAUACUUAUUUUAAUUCACAUAAGUGCUAAACCCUUGUGGGUUUAGUGCAUUAAAUCUUUAGCAAAGAAAAUGUUCAGAGAUCAAUACAGUAUUUUACUUUGUUA